UCCGUCGUGGUGGCGGGUUCAUCGCGAAUAUUUGUGUGAUAGAGUAUUCAGUGUUGGGCGUCUGGGCGUUUGGAAGUGGCACAUAUUGCUUUAUUUUGGGGCUGCCACCAUGUCUGACUCCAUCCCGCGCGCCUUCGACCGGGCCGAGAUAGUCAGCCUGAUCGUGCGCACCGCCGUCGCGUCGGCCAUCACCUACCUCGGCGUCAAGUGGGCCGUGGACAUGAUGGACCCGACCAAGAGGCGCCGCCAGGAGGAUAAGAAAAGGGCGGAGCGCCUGCUGAAGCGUCUGGGGGUGGACAAGAGCGUGCAGCUGACCGACUACGAGAUGUCCAUUGCCUGUCAGCUGGUGGAGCCCAUCUCCAUCCAGGUGUCGUGGGAUAGCAUUGCGGGGCUGGACCACGUGAUCCAGGAGCUGCAGGAGACGGUGAUCCUGCCGAUCCAGAACCGGGAGCUGUUCUCGGGCAGCGCCCUGAUCCAGCCACCCAAGGGCGUGCUGCUGCACGGCCCGCCCGGCUGCGGCAAGACCAUGCUGGCCAAGGCGACGGCGAGGGAGGCGUGCUGCAGGUUCAUCAACUUGGAGAUCUCCAGCCUCACGGACAAGUGGUACGGCGAGUCCCAGAAGCUCUGCGCCGCCGUCUUCUCGCUGGCCGUCAAGCUGGAGCCCUGCAUCAUCUUCAUAGAUGAGAUUGACUCGUUCCUGCGCUCGCGCGCCACGCACGACCACGAGGCGACGGCGAUGAUGAAGGCCAUGUUCAUGUCGCUGUGGGACGGCCUGAUCUCGGACCCGGCGCGAUGCGUGCUCGUGAUGGGCGCCACCAACCGGCCGCAGGACGUGGAUCGCGCCAUUCUGCGCCGCAUGCCGGCCGCGUUCCACGUCGGCCUGCCGACUCUGGAGCAGCGCAAGUCCAUCCUGAAGCUGGUGAUGCGGGGUGAGAAGGUGUCGGAGGACAUCGACUACAACCGCCUGUCCAACCUCACCGACGGCUUCACCGGCUCUGACAUCAGGGAGCUGUGCAGGACGGCGGCCAUCUACCCCGUCAGGGACUUCAUGAGUGGGCGUUCUUCGAACAGGUGA